AUUCUAGUAACACUAGAUGUGAAUUCAAAAUAUUAUAGUAUCGUUGUCGCUGUCAGUACGUUGAACGAAUUUUACUUCUAUUUUAUAUUGUUUAUUUAAAUCAGUAUAAAAUGUCGGAUGGAGAAGAUGAUUUUAUGUGCGAAGAAGAAGAAGACUAUGGAUUAGAAUAUUCAGAAGAUUCUAAUUCAGAACCUGAUGUCGAUUUGGAGAAUCAAUAUUAUAAUAGCAAAGCAUUAAAAGAAGAUGAUCCAAAAGCUGCAUUGCAGAGUUUUCAGAAAGUUUUAGAUUUGGAAGGAGGAGAAAAAGGAGAAUGGGGUUUCAAAGCUUUGAAACAAAUGAUCAAAAUUAAUUUUAAAUUGUCCAAUUACAAAGAAAUGAUGGCGAGGUAUAAGCAAUUAUUAACUUAUAUUAAAAGUGCUGUAACGAGAAAUCAUUCAGAAAAAUCUAUUAAUUCGAUACUCGAUUAUAUAAGUACAUCAAAAAAUAUGGAACUAUUGCAAGAUUUUUACGAAACUACUUUAGAUGCAUUGAAAGAUGCGAAAAAUGAUAGAUUAUGGUUUAAAACUAAUACGAAGUUAGGAAAGUUAUAUUUUGAUCGUUCUGAUUUUAAUAAAUUAGCCAAAAUAUUGAAGCAGCUUCAUCAAAGUUGUCAGACUGAUGACGGAGAAGAUGAUUUAAAAAAAGGAACACAACUUUUAGAAAUAUAUGCUUUAGAAAUUCAGAUGUACACUGCACAAAAAAAUAACAAAAAACUAAAAACUUUGUACGAGCAAAGCCUUCAUAUUAAAAGUGCUAUACCACAUCCAUUAAUAAUGGGAGUUAUCAGAGAAUGUGGAGGAAAAAUGCAUUUAAGAGAAGGAGAAUUUGAAAGAGCACACACAGAUUUUUUCGAAGCUUUUAAAAAUUACGAUGAAUCAGGAUCUCCAAGACGUACAACGUGUUUAAAAUAUUUAGUAUUAGCAAAUAUGUUAAUGAAAUCUGGAAUUAAUCCAUUUGAUUCGCAAGAAGCCAAACCAUACAAAAAUGAUCCAGAAAUUCUAGCAAUGACAAAUUUAGUUGUUAGUUAUCAAAACAAUGAUAUUAAUCAAUUCGAAUUGAUUUUGAAACAAAAUAGAAAUAAUAUUAUGGAUGAUCCAUUUAUUCGAGAGCAUAUUGAGGAUUUAUUACGAAAUAUUCGCACUCAAGUUCUUAUUAAACUAAUAAAGCCUUAUACAAGGAUCCAUAUACCUUUCAUAAGUAAAGAAUUGAACAUAGAUGUAUCAGAAGUGGAAAGUCUUCUUGUAUCCUGCAUUCUUGAUAGUACCAUACAUGGACGAAUUGAUCAGGUGAACCAGGUCCUUGAAUUGGAUAAAAAAUCCGUUUGUGCCGCUCGCUAUAAUGCUUUAGAUAAAUGGACCAGUCAAUUACAAUCAUUACAUGUAGCUAUUGUAAACAAAAUGUCUUGAAUAACAUGACAUGUCAUAUUAAAAGUCAUUAAUAUUAUUGUGUAUAGUAUAUCAUAAACAAACAUCUGUCAUUAAGUAAAAAAAUAAAAUCUAUUGUGAUAUGUUCAAAAAUUAGAAUAUUUUAUAU